AUGGCAGAUUAUUCAAACUGGGUGGUGGGAAUUGAGGGGAACUUCCCUGUUCAUCAGGCUGUUCUGGAUGUCAUGCCUCCCGGGACCAAGAUCAUUUCAGCCGAACCCUCGGGGGUCAGUGCAUGGACAAAGACCGCAAAGAUUUCGGUUACGCUGCCAGAUGGAAAGACAAAGAAGUAUUUCUUAAAGUUGGCUUUUGGCAUAGGUGCUAAGCCCUUAACAGAGGGUGAAUUCCAUUCUGCGUCCAUAAUUUACGCCACUGUACCUGGGCUGGUGCCGCAAGCAACGGGCUAUGGUUCCUAUUCAACGCCGAAAGGCACGAUGUACUUCUACCUAUGCGAUUUCCACCACAUGGAUCUUCGAACAGCUCCGGAGCCGAGAUCAUUUGCUGCUAAACUUGCCAAACUACAUCGAGAGGCAGUGUCUCCGAUAGGCUUGUUUGGGUUUCCGGUGCCCACGGCGUGUGGCAUAAUUGAAAGGACAGUGACUUGGGAGAAGUGUUGGGCCACGUUGUUCAAGUACCAGCUCGAAGAUGUGAUCAAUUUUGACAACAAUGUCAACGCUCCUUGGCCUGAAUAUGACGCUGCUUGCAAACAGGUCAUCAAUGAGGUUAUCCCACGAUUGUUGCUUCCAUUGCAAUCAGAAGGACGCAGUAUCGAGCCGGUACUCGUCCACGGAGAUUUAUGGGAAGGCAAUCUGGGGAUCGAUAUGGAGACAGGCGAAACGAUCAUGUUCGACCCGGGAAGCACCUAUGCGCACAAUGAAAUGGAAUUUGGUACCUGGAGAUGCACCUGGGCAUACUACUUGAAUUCGUCGUCGUAUAUGCGAGCCUAUCAGCAACACAUCGAACCAUCUGAGCCGGUCGAUCAGUGGGAUGACCGCAAUCGACUGUACGGCAUUCGAGCAUACCUGAAUGAUUCUGCGGGACAUCCAGGAAGCCCAUCCAGGCAAAUUGCAUACAACGACAUGCUAUACCUCUGCGAGCAAUACGCCCCUUUGGACAGCCUGGAAAGGUAUAGCCCGGAAAAAGAUAUCAGUGUUACUGGCGCCUAUGUUCCCUAUGUUACGAAGCAACUGGAAUGA